AUGGAAAGUUUCUCAGUUUCCUCGAUGCUAGUGCCACUCAUUGAUAGUGGCAUGGGUGAAGACUCUGAUGAGUGGACUGAUACCGAUAGUAAUAAAAGCAUAGAAAGAAAUGGAGAUGAUUUAACAUCUUCGAGGGAUCCAUUUGAAGAUGUUUUCAAUUCAGAAGAUCCCCUCAAUGUCAAUGACAAUAAAACGAUAGAUUUAACAAAUGACAGGGAUGCCCUAAGUCCAUUAACAUACCUUGAAGAUGGGCAAUCCCCCAAAGAACAAGAUGACUUUGAAUUUGACUUCCAAACCAUCGACGAAGCUGAACAAACCGAACAUAUUUUGAAAGUUCGAGUUCAUGCGAAUUUCUGUAUGCGCUGUGGAACUGGUUUCGUACAGCAAAAAACCCUCAACAUUCACUUGGAGAAGAAUGAAUGCUCUGCCAAUACAAACAGUACUGAAAUGCCUUUAACAUGUAGCAUUUGUGGUCAGAGUUUCUUUGGAAUUAAGUGUCUGCGCCAUCAUUUUAUGCGUCACGCCCAAACGAGGCCGUUUAAAUGUAAAAACUGUCCCCUUUCGUUUGUCACUCAAAGGGAUCUCUACUCACAUUAUCGAAGUCACAAAGACUAUCGACCAUUUAUCUGUGAUCUGUGUCCGAAGGCCUAUCACUCCUCAAAAGACUUAUUGGCACACAAACGAAAUCAUGUCGUAGAACACGCUUACGGGUGUAGGCUCUGUCCGAGAAGAUUCAAAAAGUCGAAAUAUCUUGCAGCGCAUAAACGGAAACAUGAUGCAAAAAAACCAUUCAAAUGCAAGUUUUGUCGACGAAGUUAUGCCCAAAAUAGCCUUCGCAAUAUGCACAUGAGAACUCAUACAAUUUCAAAGAAAGGUUUGCUGAAAUUUCUGUGCGAAAUUUGUGGCUUGACACAUGUCCGGUCUAGAUCGGUGUGGGCUAAACUGAUGCCAACAACAGAAAGAAGACAAAGUAACGAUAGUAACAUUUGCCUUGGGGACAAUAGCAAAGAAGACCCACGGCCAUGGAGUAAAAAUCGUCGAAGAAAAUCGUCUGAAUCAUCGGAUAGUGUGCAGAUUAUUGAGGAUCCUUUGCAAUUUACAAUUGAUUUGGUUGACGAAUAG